CUAUAAAUUUAUGAUAGAAAUAUCUUUCUGAAGGUUAAAAGUCUUAGUCACAUGAGUUGUUUAAACAGUUAGUGAGUAUCACUUUGAAGGUCUUCUAUCGUAUUUUCCCAAAUUUAUACGGAACAACCGGUUUUUAUUUUGUAGCGUUUUAACAUAGAUACCGAAAUUAAAGACCUAGUUUGCCAACCAGUUGUAUUAUAAGUUUUAAUUAAAGUGACGAUCAAUCAAGAGAUUUUGCUUUUGUCCGUAUACACAAUUUUCAACAUUUGAGUUCAGAUAUGCGUUCAUGCUUUUUAGGCAUAUUGAUAUUAUAAAUAGAUAAUAAUGGUCUACAAGUUUACUAAACCGUGUUUCGGGUAGUAAUUAACAAGUAAGAACCAUCCGAUCAUUUACUAAAUGCGCCUCCAUGAAACUAUGAUUAUAGUAUAUGCGUAUGUGCUGGAUCGUGUACCUCUUGUCUCGAAGAAACAAAGCAAUUGUCGUCGGCGCUAUAAUGUACUUAGAAUCAUACUAGUGUAUUAGUACUAAGAAAUACUAGUAAUACUAAGAAAUACUAGUAAGAACAUCUCCAAUAACAUACCAUUUUUUUAUAUAAUUUACACUAAAAUAGAAUAAUUCUAUUAUAAAGUAAUUUUGCUCUAAUGGUAUUACUUUAUAAUAGUAACGCUAAUAUAUAGUAGAAUAUAGAUGAACAUUUUUCUAUAUUUUACUAUAUAAUAAAAUCACUCUAUUUAUAGAUCUAUUAUAGAGUAAUACUAUUGGAAGUUGGAGCAAAACUACUCUAAAAUAGAAUAAUUAUACAUGUAGCUUGAAAGUUUAUAUCCCAAUAUUGUCACUAAUGGUUAUCUAGGAGUUACAGAAAAGAAUUGGCAUUACAGGAUUAUUCAAAUACAACUUACUUUUUUUUAUUUUCUUUCUCUAAACCAGCUUUACUGGUUUUAUAUAAAACAAGAAUUCUUAGUAAAACAACCAUGAAAGCUGUUAGAUCCAUGGGGGGCAGCAGUCGGUGUGCCUAAAUUUUCACUUGUCGUAUCUUUGUAAUGCAUAUCUAAGCGCCAAAAAAAAAAUCUGAGUUUAAAAUAAAGAAGAACGCCAAGCAUAUGAAUAUUAGAAUUUUACUUCAAUAAUACAAAAUGGUUACAAUCUCUUAUUUUAGGUUUGCCGUAAGUCUUUGGUUCUUGAUAGUUGAUCUUUAAUAGAUUUUCUUUGUCGAUUGUUUUCAUGUACUACUGAUGUAUCCAACAUCCUAUAGAUGUUCGAAAGUGCCAUUUUUUAGUAAUAUUUGCAUGUGUAUAACCGUAUAUAUAUACCAUUAAAUGUGUGUAUGUGUUUCUAUUGCAAAUUGCUUUCAAAAGUCGUACUGUAGGAUAUGUAUGCACUAUACAGAGCCUACACAACGUAAAAUAUAGAUACAUGAAUAAGGAUCAACGAACAUUCCUCGCUAAUUCUGACUUUAUCUACCAAACCGACGAAAGUCAAACAAUGCUCCCCUGUCACCCAUUGUUUCACUUUAUUAAGAAAACUUAUUAAACAUCAAACACACUAAACAUAAAGAUUGACUCUUCAAAAUAUAACCACUAGAAAUCGAUCAUCUACAAUUACUUUCCUAAAUCAUUAAUAAAUAAAUUUUCAACGGAAGUGGUUACACCCUUUCCUAUACAUAAACAACCUUAUACUUAGUCCCAUUUCCAAAAACACAAACAAAAACCAUCUCAAAAUGAGAGAAGAACCUUUCUUCUUCCAAUGUCGUUUCUUGGCCUCUUGUUUCAUCUUCUUCCUCGUCCUUCUUCCUCAAGCUUUCACUUACAAUACUCUUCCCAUCAACCCAUGCUCCGCACAUGGUCCUUAUGGGUUUCCUCCGAUCGUAAACCCUAGGCUCUUAAAAGCUUACACAGCCCUUCAAGCAUGGAAACACACUAUAACUUCAGACCCAAAUGGAUUCACUUCUAAUUGGUGUGGUCCUCAUGUUUGUAACUACACGGGUGUGUUCUGUGCACAGGCUUUAGACAACCCUUACGUCUUAACCGUAGCCGGUAUAGACUUAAACCGGGCCAACAUCGCCGGUUAUCUCCCGGUAGAGCUCGGUCUCUUAACCGAUCUCGCCUUAUUCCAUAUCAAUUCCAACCGGUUUGAGGGUCAACUCCCUAAAUCUCUAAACUGCCUCAAGCUUCUUCACGAGCUUGACGUCAGCAACAAUAAACUCUCCGGCGAGUUCCCUUCCGUCAUCUUCUCUUUGCCUUCUUUGAAGUUUCUUGACAUUAGGUUUAAUGAGUUGUACGGCGAUGUUCCUAGCCAACUCUUUGACCUAAACCUUGACGCUCUGUUCAUUAACAACAACAAGUUCCGGUUUAGGCUACCGAAAAACAUUGGAAACUCUCAGGUUUCGGUUCUUGUCUUAGCCAACAACGAUCUCCAAGGAUCUUGUCUACCUCCGAGUUUCUACAACAUGGGGAAAACGUUGCACGAGGUUAUUCUCACGAAUAGUCAGAUUGGCGGUUGUUUAAACCGGGAAGUCGGUUUGCUAAACCAGCUGACGGUUUUUGACGUGAGUUUCAACAACUUGGUUGGUUCGUUGCCGGAGACUAUGGGUGAUAUGAAGAGUUUAGAACAGUUAAACAUCGCAAAUAACAAAUUCUCCGGCCAUAUUCCGGAGAGCAUCUGCCGGUUACCGAAUCUUGAGAACUUUACUUACUCGUAUAACUUCUUCUCCGGCGAGCCACCGGUUUGUCUGAGGCUUCAGGAGUUUGAUGAUCGUAAAAACUGUUUACCUUUAAGACCAAUGCAACGGUCUCCCGCAGAAUGUAAAUCUUUUUCUUCUUAUCCUAUAAAUUGUGCUUCUUUCGGUUGCUCUCCGCCUAGUCCACCUCCUCCUCCACCACCUUCACCGCCACCACCAUCGCCACCACCAUAUGUGUAUCCGUCGCAUCCUCCGCCACCAUAUGUGUAUCCUUCACCACCGUGUACUCUUCCAACACCUGUGCAUUACUAAGGUUUCUGUUGAUAGUAUGUGAUCCAACAGUUGAAACUCCCAUCUGUUUAGUUAUUGUGUUCUACGUUAUGUAACGCUAGUAGUGUUCACUUUAAAUUGUUCUUGUCUCACAUCCGGAACAAAAUUCUCUAUUGUUUUUAUUC